UGUGACGCGCUGACACCCCUACGCCUGUGCACUGAGUGGAAUGCUCCACCUCGCUCUGGGCUGUGUUGUUGUGCAGAGCUGCAGAAGGCCUGAUAGAGGCAGUUAGACAGAGAGGGAAGGGAGGCUGAGGAGAGCUGACAGAGGCAGACACUGUCGACUCUUUUCUCUGUCCCCCCCCCUCUCACAGUCAACCAGCGACACCCGGCAGACAGGAAAGAAGCAGAGGAGGAGAAGGAGCAUCCCUGAAAGCAAAAGUGAGGGACAGGCAAGGUGAAGGAGGAGAAGGAAGGAAGGAAGAGAAGGGUGGGAGGAAGGAGGCUUUAGCAUGAGGAGGGGCGCUUGACUGACAUUGCUUCUAUCACUAUCAGCUUACACACACAUCGGCGUCCGCAGACUCCCACCCAGGCUGUGUCUUAUUGUCCUUUGGGGAUCCCGGCCCUCCAUCCUUUUUUUGUUUUUCUUCUGAGCAAAAGGACAAGAGAGACCGAAAGAAGAGGAGGGGGAGAAAGAACCCUCUUCUCUCCUUUUAUUUAGACAGAUCACAGGGAAAUUACAGCUAAAAGAAAGAAAAGGAAAAGCAAUUUUUCUGUUCCGUUUUGUCGUCUCCUGUGGUCCUUUGACCAGAGAGCGGCUACCAGGCUCCGCUCAUGUCAGUGAAUUCGGAGAAAUCCUCGUCCCCUGAAAGGCCUGAGACCCAACAGAAAGCCCCGGUCAGCACACCUCCUCCUCCUCCACCACCUCCUCCGCCUCCCUCUGAGCCGGUUGGCCCCCCGGAGCAGGAGGAGGAGAUCCUGGGCUCCGACGAUGAGGAGCAGGAGGAUCCCGCAGACUACUGCAAAGGAGGGUACCAUCCCGUGAAGAUUGGGGAUUUAUUUAACGGACGGUACCAUGUGAUCAGAAAGCUGGGGUGGGGCCAUUUCUCCACCGUAUGGCUAUGCUGGGAUAUUCAGGUGAAGAACUUUGUGGCGAUGAAGGUGGUGAAGAGCGCCCAGCACUACACAGAGACGGCACUCGAUGAGAUUAAACUGCUGCGAUGUGUGAGAGAAAGCGACCCCGGAGACCCCAACAAGGACAUGGUGGUUCAGCUGAUAGACGACUUCAAGAUCUCUGGAGUCAACGGCAUACAUGUGUGCAUGGUUUUUGAGGUGUUGGGUCAUCACCUGCUGAAAUGGAUUAUUAAAUCUAACUACCAAGGUCUGCCUCUGCAGUGUGUCAAAAGCAUAAUCAGACAGGUCCUGCAGGGUCUGGACUACCUCCAUUCAAAGUGUAAAAUCAUCCACACAGACAUCAAGCCAGAAAACAUCCUGAUGUGUGUAGAUGACGCCUUUGUCAGGCGCAUGGCCAUGGAAGCAACCGAAUGGCAGAAAGCUGGAGCUCCUCCACCGUCUGGAUCCGCAGUUAGCACAGCUCCCCAGCUCAAACCGGUGAGUACAACAGAUAUGGGAAAGAUCUCCAAGAACAAGAAAAAGAAGCUGAAAAAGAAACAGAAGCGGCAGGCCGAGCUGCUGGAGCGGCGGAUGUUGGAGAUCGAGGCUCUGGAGAGAGAAGCCGAGAAAAAAGAAGAAAGAGCCAAAGAGGGGGAGGACAGUGGCCAAGCUGAGCAGGACCCGUCUUCCCCGCUGCAACCCCAGCAGGCCCCUCUGCCAGCAGUCCCCGCUCUGGUCCCCGGAGAGAGCGACGAGGAUGACGAAGAGGAGGAGGACGCAGAAGAUGAAGAAGACGAGGGGGGAGAAAGGGAGAGGCCCGUCAGGUUGACGAAUCACACCUGUGCAGCAUCUCCACAGCUGCAGAGCGAGGAGCUUCGUUUACCUGUGGAUAACCUGGAGGAAGAGGAGGAGGAAGAGGAAUCGACUCCUGUGGCUGAAAAAUAUGCUCCUAUACCCCCUAUACUAGAGAAAUGCUCAGUAGAAGGAGAAGUUGAGCAAGAGGAGAAGGAAGAAGAGCAGGAGGAGGGGAUAAAAGGGACAGGUGAUGAGAAGGGGAAAGGGGUGGAGGAGGAUGAGGAGGAGGACAAAAAAACUGAUGUGGUAGAGAAUGACGUAGAGGAAGGGGCAGAAAAUGACUGCAGAACAAAUGAGGAGAAGGUGGUGCAAGAAGAGGACUUGAAUGAGAAUAAGGAUGACGGAGAGGAGGAGGAGGAGGAGGAGGAGGAAGACGAUGACGAUACGACUGCUGAUCUCCUGACGGACAGCACCUCCCCAGUGAAACCCCAAAACAAUAAAACAAAUGCAGCCAAAACCAAUGGGCAUGUUUUGGUGAGCUCCCAGGAUCUGAGACACAACGCCCUCGCGCCACCUCCCCCCUCACCCAAUCCAGAGUCUCUCCUCUGCCCUCUGGUGGAGUCGGAGCUCAGCUACACAGACAGGGAGCUCUCCCUCAGCUCCGGGCACGAGUUGUAUAAUGGAGAAGUGGGGGAUCAGGGGCUCACCAAUGGUUCCAUUGAGCAGCACGAAGGCACCAUGCCCCGCUUCCCUGAGCUGCCGCUGGACCCCGUGCCGGAUAGUCCCAUUUCAGUGGGAACUGCAGACAUCGGAGCGGGACCGUCUCCCAGUAGCCCCACGGCAGACCGUAGUCGCACUGUGUCGUCCUCGAGCACGGGGGACACACCCAAAGUCAGGGCCAGAGCUGCAGACCUCCUGAUUAACCCUCUAGACCCCCAAAACGCCGACUCCAUCAGAGUCAAAAUCGCUGACCUUGGAAAUGCCUGCUGGGUGCAUAAACACUUUACUGAGGAUAUCCAGACGAGGCAGUACCGGUCCAUCGAGGUCCUGAUUGGAGCGGGCUACAGCACUCCGGCUGACAUCUGGAGUACUGCCUGUAUGGCCUUUGAGCUGGCCACGGGAGAUUACCUGUUUGAGCCUCAUUCUGGAGAGGAUUACUCCCGUGACGAAGACCACAUAGCCCACAUCAUAGAGCUGCUGGGAAGUAUUCCGAGGCACUUUGCUCUCUCUGGAAAAUAUUCCCGGGAGUUCUUCAACAGAAGAGACCACAUCGCUCUGAUCACGGAGCUCCUCGGGAAGGUCCCGCGCAAAGUGGUCGCUGCCGGGAAGUACAGCCGAGAGUUUUUCUCCAAGAAAGGUGACCUGCGGCACAUUACCAAGCUGAAGCCGUGGUCGCUGUUCGACGUCCUGGUGGAAAAGUACGGCUGGUCGCCAGAAGACGCGAGCCAAUUCACUCAAUUCCUUCUGCCCAUGCUGGAGAUGGUUCCUGAGAAGAGAGCCUCGGCCAGCGAAUGCCUCAAUCACCCCUGGAUCAACUCCUAGCUAAAAAAACCCACAAAGGCUGAUCCAUCAUCCUCUUCCUAUUGUCCCAACCGUCCUGAAAGCCCCCCUCUGGUGUUAGCCCGUGGAACCACAGAGGAGCUGAAAGUCCUUUUCCACUCUUCCGUUGUGAGUUCCUCUGCCUAAACCUCUUCUUUUUCCACCUUCUUCCCCGAAAGGAAUGUAAGAGGAGGCCGUAAGGGACGACACGGCACCAGGUUGGAUCUUCCUUGAAGACGGAAGGGGUUUUCUGACGCUGCGUUUGUCGGUCUUUAACACUGUUUGGAUUUGGCUACUACUCAGUAACUGCUAUUCAUUUUCUCCGAUAAUGUGAUAAAAAGUCCAAAAAAAAACGCACCGACGACCCAGAGCUAAAAUCUUCCAAGGCUCCUCAAAGACAGGAGGAGUUUAUGUUGUGUGAGAAUGAGAAUGUGUUCAACAUCUCCCCAUGUAGUCACUUUUCCAGCCAGCGCCCCCUCCUGAUAUAUAAAGGUUUACACCCUAACUUCUCGCUACAAAAAGGACAAAAAAAAAACUCUCACCCCACAUUGAUUUCUGCCAUCUGGGU